UACGUGAGGCUAAGGCGGACGGCAGGGCCCUCUCUGUCGUCACCGGCCACUUAACUGGCUUGUUUAGGGUAGUUUAGAGGGUAUAUGAAGUGGUGAUCGGGCAGCUGAGUUCGGAGGCCCGUGAGGUGUCGUUGUAGCGGGGGCGCAGGCGGGGAGUCGGGAGGAGCGACAGAAUCAGUGUUGUUCCUGCUGGUGAAAAGUGUAGUGAUCUGCCGCAGUGUGGUGUAGGUACAGUGAGUAUAGUGAGAGGAGCAACACAACAGGCAUAGUCUACAGUCUGUCAUAGUGGCAUCUGAUGUUUUCUUGACAUUCAUAGUAGCACUUCCCACUUCCGUUUGAGUUGAUACCUAAGAAAAAGGGAAAGUCAAACCUCUAUGUAAAUGGGAAUGAUUCGUCCUCUUUGAAAAUCGAGUGUGUACGGAAAAUAGUGUUGUCGACUGCUGAAAGGGCUGAGUGCAGCAGCAUCAGGCCCACCGAGUGAUCCUGUAUUUUGGAGUCCAGGAGGAGUGCGCGGGGGAGUGACCAUCAUGGCGGAGGAUGAGGUACUUUUCGAUGACGUCUACGAAGUCUGCGAAAUCAUCGGAAAGGGUCCGUUCAGUCUGGUGCGACGAUGCGUCCACAGAGAGACUGGGCAACAGUUCGCGGUCAAGAUCGUCGACGUGGCCAAGUUUACAUCCGCUCCCGGUUUGUCCAUCAAUGAUUUGAAGCGUGAGGCGACCAUCUGCCACAUGCUCAAACAUGAACACAUCGUGGAGCUGCUGGAGACCUACUCUUCGGAGGGGAUGCUGUACAUGGUCUUUGAGUACAUGGACGGAGCGGACCUCUGCUUCGAAAUCGUCAAGCGGGCGAUGUCGGGCUUCGUCUACAGUGAGGCUGUGGCCAGCCAUUACAUGCGCCAGAUCCUGGAGGCCCUGCUGUACUGCCACGAGAACGACAUCAUCCACCGGGACAUCAAGCCUCACUGCGUCCUCCUGGCGUGCAAGGAGAACAGCGCCCCGGUCAAGCUUGGGGGGUUUGGCGUGGCGAUACAACUGCAGGACGGCGAGCUGGUCAAUGGAG